AUGUCUGGAAAUCCAUUUCGACGUCAGCGACUGCCGGACGAGACCACCAAAUAUGAGGCCAAUGGAGACAUCUCAGCCGAGACGAAACCAAAGACAAAGAAGAAAAAGAAGGUUGUCAUACAAACCCCGCCGCAUUCGCCAGACGAACCCAAAGCGAGCAUUCCUCGGAGACUGUCAGACGGCUUGACCGGGUCACCUCCUGCGCCGACGAGACGCCUUGACGACGACGAGUCGGACUCGAUGGCAACGACAGCAGACUCGGACCUUGAGCAUACUCUGCUCAACACAAGCCGAAAUACUGGUCCACCACCCAUUUCAUUCGGUGUACAGUCCGGCUCGCGAGCACCGUACAAUCCCUUCGCCAAGACUUUGGCCACAAGUGAAGCUGCGUACGGGAGAGCAGGGGAGCAAGAGCUGUCAGAAGAGAUGCAGGAGGCCAAUGGUGUGACCCCACGCAGCCAAGGCACGGGCAGACCAGCUUUGGACGUGGACACGUUCAAGAACAUUCUCUUGACGGGAAGUGCCACACCAUCACCACCCAACGGAGGUACAGCGAGUCAACGACCGCAGGAUAGUAGUAGCAACACGGACACUUCGUCCGUAUCAAAACAAUCGAUGUUCGACAACAUGAAUGAGCUUCACCCGGAGUCUCCAAGGACAUCAUUUGACGAUCAUUACGGUCUGGACGAUGAGGACGACGGUGACGAUGAGAACUCUAGUCUCAUGGGCCCAGCCUCCAGGAGGCCCGUGGCAGAAGGUCCGCCAGCACCACCGAAGCCGAAGCAUGGUAGAGCCUUCCCACAGACUGUGUCAUUCGCGGACUUUGACGAGACCAUUCCCGCGACAGACAUGCCGACGCCAACUCGUUUACAAACUUUGUCGCUCAACGCCAAUCCUUUGGACAGAGUGACAGCACCGAGAUCGCCAAGCGAUCUCAACAAACCACUGCCGCCUCCGCCGGCAGGACGGGUCUUAGUAGACGAAGCUUUGACUUCUACCUCACAGCCGAUCUCGACCAAUGGCAUUGGAGUACCGACAGACGAUGUAGAACCAACGAUUCAGGUGAAGAAAGCACCACCGCCACCACCGAUUGCUCGUCGGCGGGCACAGCCAGACGCAGAGACCCGCCGAGCACGAAGCGAUUCCAACCUUUCCAAGAGCUCAGCACAAGCUGCUGACGCGAACACUUCACUCGAGAGCCAAGGACAUAAAGCACUGGCGCCACCGCCACCACCUUCACGAAGAGCGCAAUCUACACGGUCACAGUCACCUGCUGCAGAGACGUCGCCUUCUCCCACGCCAUCAGUUACUAAAGGAAUGCCGCCUCCUCUGCCACGCCGUAUGCCAUCGCAGCGCGGUUCGUCGGCUGUCCGGACUUCCUCGAACGCCUCUCGCGUGAGCUUACCACGGAGCGACUCAUUCACAAUGUCAGCCGCGCAUGGUAACGCGCCUCCUGCGCCACCACCACGACGAACAGCAGGCAGUAAGCGAGACAGCAUGGAGAACGGACCACCGAACUCGAUGAGCAAUCGUCGGCCGAGUCACGAGAACCGGCGGUCAAGUGGACAAAGUUUUGGAAGUGAUCGAGAGCCUUCACUGCACAGUCUGCAGCAGGUGCAGGAGCCAGAGCACGGUGAAGACCUGUCUCCUGCGGGAGGUGAAGUCAAGUCCACUCAGCCAGAUUACCUUGCUGAUCUGGAUGCCUUUCAGAAGGAGAUUGAUGCGUUGAGAGCACAGGCUGCACGCAAUGGCUGA